AUGGCAGAAAAUAUUCAACCUAGUACCUCUGGUGUUGUUGGUGACGAAAAUUGUGAAGUUCGGGCUACAGAUCAACCACGAAAACGCAAAAAAGAAUGGAACGACCUUAUACGAGAGUCAAGAUAUAAGCCCUCUCCAUUCAGUAUGAUAAAUACUGGAAAAGAGACUGAAUGGUUUCUUAUGGACGAAAGUUUGAAAUCCUUCUUUUUGAAAAAUCCCAAACCAAAAAUUUCACAGAAACCAGCGCGAAUGUAUGGAGUAUCGCCGCAGUAUCCGGGUCAGGUUCUAGUACGUCAAAGUUAUCAUGGUCCUUGGACGUUUCAUACCAUUGCAGGGAAAAGGAACUCACAAGAAACAGCUCUAGAGGGAAAAUCUUCUGAUAUUGAAAUCAUUAGUGACGAUAACAGCAGCGGAGAAUAA